UCGAUAACAAAUUAUCGAGUAUCGAUAUCGAUACUUAUCACUAAAUAAAUUGUUUCAACAUGCUCCCCUUAUCCUUGUUAAAAACGGCUCAAAGCCACCCAAUGUUGGUUGAGCUGAAAAAUGGUGAAACCUACAAUGGCCACUUGGUGAGCUGCGACUCCUGGAUGAAUAUUAAUCUUCGCGACGUAAUUUGUACAUCAAAGGAUGGCGACCGGUUUUGGCGAAUGCCGGAAUGUUAUAUCCGAGGCAGUACGAUUAAAUAUUUGCGUAUUCCCGAUGAAGUGAUUGACAUGGUAAAGGAAGAUGCCCAGGCCAAAUCGAGGAAUCGCACAGAGAUGAACAAGAACCGCGGUGGAAAUCGCAAUAACGUCGGCAACAGGAGUGGGCAAGGGUAUGGAGGUCCCGGAAACAACGCAAUGCGCCUAGGAGGGUCCGCUGGUCAAGGGAAUCGUCUGCCCCAUGCUGCCAAAAAUAAUAGAAAGUAAUUGUACAGACCAUAGAAAUAAAUAUGUAAUUGAAGUCACCGUUCAA